ACCGCGGCUGCUUGCAAAAGAUAAUUUCAGACCUGCGGCCGCGCACUUGCCCUGCGCCAGAACGAGGUUGGGCGCAGCGGCGGAGGCUGCUUCUGGGCUGGCUGGCUGCGUGCGUUGGGAGGCGGCGAUCACAGCUGGGCUGGGACUUCCUUCCUCCACCGCAGGACAACAAAACGAGCUGGCAGCAGGCACUGAGCUAUUGGCAGCUGUUUGGGCGAGGGGUACCGCGAUGGGCUCCGUGCUGAGCAGCGAUAGUGGCAAAUCGGCGCCCGCCUCUGCCACCCCGCGGGCCCUGGAGCGCAGGAGGGACCCAGAGCUGCCUGUCACGUCUUUCGACUGCUCAGUGUGUCUGGAGGUGUUGCACCAGCCAGUCCGGACCCGCUGUGGCCACGUAUUCUGCCGUUCCUGCAUUGCCACCAGUCUAAAGAAUAAUAAGUGGACCUGUCCAUAUUGCCGGGCGUAUCUUCCUUCAGAAGGAGUUCCAGCAACGGAUGUAGCCAAAAGAAUGAAAUCAGAGUACCAGAACUGCGCUGAGUGUGACACCAUGGUUUGCCUCAGUGACAUGAGGGCACAUAUAAGGACUUGUCAAAAGUACAUAGAUAAGUAUGGACCACUACAAGAACUCGGGGAGACAGCCACAAGGUGUGUAUGCCCGUUUUGCCAGAGGGAAUUGGAUGAAGACAGCUUGCUGGAUCACUGUAUCACUCAUCAUAGAUCAGAAAGGAGACCUGUGUUCUGUCCACUUUGCCGUUUAAUACCUAACGAGAAUCCAAGUACCUUCAAUGGCAGUUUAAUAAGACAUUUGCAAGAUAGUCACACUUUGUUUUAUGAUGAUUUCCUAGAUUUUAAUAUAAUUGAGGAAGCUCUUAUCCGAAGAGUCUUAGACCGAUCACUUCUUGAAUAUGUGAAUCACUCGAACACCACAUAAUUUUAUUAAAAGGAAGAGGAAGGGGACCAUUCAGUUGCACCAUUUAAGAUGCUGCUUUAACAUGUGUAGGGAGAUUAUCACUGUUUGAUGGACAAAACUGUACAAUGCGGUUAUAUGUUUGUGUAUGUUUAUUGUUAUAGUGCACUUAAAACUGCUUUCAUUAUGAUGGUUUAUAUUCCUGACUUUCUAAGACAUUUAAUAACAAAAAUUAGUCUGUGUCAGUCAAUAUAUAAAAGAGACACAGGCUACUGCUGUGGGUGGAGGAGCUUGAGCUCUGAGAAUUUGAUGGUUCUGAGUGUAAUGCUGCAUAUUAAUAACUACCAUCUUGGUUUAGCCGUGAUAACUAAUCUUUGCCCUAUGUCAGAAAACAGAGAAAAAACCAAAGGACAGACAUUCAAGGAACUAUGAAAUUUAUUCCAAUGCUCUCAUUCUAAUCUCUAAUAUAGGAACAUGAGUAAUCUUGUAUGGGAGCAGGAAAGGAAAAUUUUGGAAAUCGACAAAGUUCAUUUAACCAAAUUGUUAAAUUGGUUAUGC